CCGGCCGGAAGUGCUCGGCCGGAAGUGCCCGGAGCGCGCGGGCGGCGGCGCCGGCGGAAGUGCCGCCGUCCUGCAUGGUGGCGGGGGGAAGCGCUCGGCGCAGGCAUGGGGCGGGCGAGCAAGACCAAGAACCAGAAGAAGGAGCGGGCGGCUGCCCUGCACAACGCGCAGCAGGAGUUCAGCACCGUCCCCCACUCCUUUGUCUUCCACCGCGGGCGCGUGGGCAAGAACGUGCGGCAGCUCGUCCUGGACGUGCGGAAGGUGAUGGAGCCCUACACUGCGCGGGCGCUCAAGGUCCGGAAGAAGAACUCGCUGAAGGACUUUGUGGCGGUGGCCGGGCCCCUGGGGGUGACGCAUUUCCUGGUCUUCAGCAAAUCGUCCUCAAGCAUCAACUUUAAGCUCUUUCGCCUCCCCGGCGGCCCGACGCUGACUUUCAAGGUCACGCAGUACGCGCUCAUCAAGGACGUGGUCUCCUCGCUGAAGCGGCACCGCAUGCACGAGCAGCAAUUCACCCACCACCCGCUCCUGGUGCUCAGCAACUUCGGCCUCCAGCAGAUCCACAUCAAGCUCAUGGCGAGCAUGUUCCAGAACAUGUUCCCCUCCAUCAACGUCCACAAGGUCAACCUCAACAACAUCAAGAGGUGUUUGCUCAUCAGCUAUGAUGCGGAGACGCAGCUCCUGGACUUCCGGCACUACAGCGUGAAGGUCGUGCCUGUCGGCGUGAGCAAAGGCCUCAAGAAGCUGCUGCAGGAGAAGUUUCCCAACAUGAGCCGCCUGGAAGACAUCAGCGAGCUGCUGGUCAAAGACAUAAACCUGUCCGAGAGCGAGGCCGAGCAAGACGGGACCCACAACAUCCUGGAGCUGCCGCAGGCGUACGCGGGCCGCGGGAACAUGAAGGCGCAGCAGAGCGCCGUGCGCCUCACUGAGAUCGGGCCCCGCAUGACCCUGCAGCUUGUCAAGGUGGAGGAGGGCCUGGCUCAGGGCAAUGUGCUCUACCACAGCUUCAUUCACAAGACGGAGGCAGAGGUCCAGGAGAUCCUGGCUCGGAAGGAGGCGAAGCUGCAGCUGAAGGCGGAGCGGCGCCAGAAGCAGGAGGCGGACGUGGAGCGCAAGCGGCAGCAGCGCGAGGCCCACAGGAAGAAGAGCCUGGCGGGGAUCCGGAGGAGACGGAGGCAGGAUGGCGACAGCGAUGCCGAGGACCCCGGGGCGCCGGAGCAGCAGGAUCCGGCUGAGCAGUCAGACGAGAGCGACGCGGAGUAUUACCGGCAGGAGGUCGGCGAGGAGCCGGACGAAGAUCUGUUCCCCAAGCGCACCAAGAGGAAGCGAGCACCCUCGGGCCCUGCCCCACCGAGGAAGCGACAGCGUCCCGGCCAGCCGGAGAAGCCCAGUGCCGCCGCCGGCCCUCGCCCCACAGCGCCCACCCACCGGGCCAAGCGUGGGAAGCCGCAGCCGCGCGCGGGAGGUCCCCGGCAGACGGACUCGCGGCCCCGCAGCAGGACGGGGCAGCCGCAAGGAGCAUCCGGGCGAAAGCCAAGACGAGGACUGGGGCGUCCAGGCCGUGAGGGUGAACGUAAAGGCCCCAAACUCGCCCCCUCUAGGCUGAAGGGGCGAGGGAAGCUGCUGGCAAAGGGGAAGGCUGGGCAUGCCAGUAAGGGGAAGCGCCCCCCCCCCCACCGUGGGAGCAGGGCCCGCAGGGCUGCAGGGCCUCAGUCUGGGCGCGAGGCAGGUGCUCGACAACCCGCAUUGGCAGCCCUGCUUCACUGCUCGCCUCAACCUCGCACCACGCUCCCCCCAGCUGCGCUCGGCCUCCGCUUCGGCUCAGGUCGGUUUGGCAGCUGUGCUGCAUACAGCCAAACCUCGCCUGCGCACCCGCCACCUUCUCGCACUUCUUCUCAUGCUGCUCUUUCUUUGUGCGCGUUAACGCUGCCACCACGCAGCCCCCACUGGGGUCGGCAGGGCCUGACCCACCCGCUCCCUCCCGCAGCCGGCGAGGCGGCACUGCACGGCCCCCAGAUGAACACCUCGGGCAGCCACUGCAGCAACUUCAGCAGGUUCCAGGAGGAUCUGUGGCCCGUGCUGGCGCUGCAGUUCCCGACGGCGCUCUUCGGCAACACCGUCGCCGUCUACCGCUUCGUGGUGCACGAGCGCUUCUGGCACUCGGGCAUCAUCUACUCCUUCCACCUGGCCGUCAGCGGCAUGCUCUACUCGCUCUCGCUGCCCCUUCUGGCGGCAUACUACUACCCGCCCAAGCACUGGCGCUACGGGGUGGUCCUCUGCAAGAUGGAGCGCUUCCUCUUCAACUGGAACCUCUACGGCAGCAUCUUCUUCGUCACCUGCAUCAGCCUCAACCGGUACCUGGGCAUCGUCUACCCGCUGCGGGUGCACGGGCGGCUGCAGCCGCACCACGCCAAGGCGCUGAGCGCGGCCGUCUGGGUGCUGGCCGGGGCGCUCGCGGCCCCCACGCUCGUCUUCUCCGAGCUGCGGGGCAACGGGGGCAACACGGAGUGCCUGGGCAGCGCCUCCCCGGAGCGGCUGCCCCACUUCUACCCCUACAGCCUGCUGCUGGCCGCGCUGGGCUGCGGGCUGCCCUUCCUGCUCACCGCCUCCUGCUACGCCGCCAUCGUCCGUGCCGUCUUCCGCAACCCCAACAUCGGCCGCCUGGAGAAGCGCAAGGUGGGGCUGCUGGUGGGGGCGGGGGUGGCCCUCUACGCGCUCUCCUACCUGCCCUACCACGUCUUCCGCAACGUCAACCUGGGCCGCCGCCUGCCGCGCCGCGGCCCCGAGGACUGCUCCGUCUCCCAGGCGAUCCACGCCGCGGCCCAGGUCUGCAAGAUCCUCGUCAACUUCAACAUCUGCGUGCACCCGCUGCUCUACGCGGCCCUGGCCGACAGCAUGCGCAGCUGCUGCGGCGCCGGCCCCGCGAACGCGGAGCGGCCGGAGCACGUGGAGCUCCGGCAAGGAGCCUAGGAGCCCGGAGGGAGGCCCGGAGACACGGCACGGCCCCAGGGCGGACAGGGCUGGGCUCGGCCCCGGCCUGGGGGCACAAGCUUCCCUCCCGGAGAGGGCAGCAGGGCUCCCGCGCAGGGAGAGGAUAAGCCUGAUGUGGAAGGGCUGGAAUUAAAGCUUGUACCACCGUG